UGCUGCAAUGGAUAAGAAAUGACGCUCGCGACUAUAAAGUUUAUGUGGCAAAUCGUUUGGGUGAAAUUGAUGAGUUAACAAAAAUAAAAGAAUGGCGUUAUGUUCCCACUAAAUUAAACGUCGCUGAUAUUGCAACAAGAGAAAACUAUAAAUUCCCGGCCCUCCAAGAUGAAUGGUUGUAUGGACCUACCUUCUUACGCCACGAAGCAAACGAAUGGCCUCACGACUUCAUAAGCGACAGAAAAGAAACACUGCCAGAAUGUAUUACUUUGAUAAAAGUUGAAGUACAGGAAAUUAACUUACCUGUACCUGAUGCUACUAGAUUUAGUUCUUGGCUUCGCUUGCUUCGAUCCACUUCAUUAGUACUCAAGUUUAUAAACAAAUGCAAAAAACUUACCUUUGAAUUCGACGAUACUAUGGAGAAAGCUGAAAUAUUGUUACUGAAAAAAUCACAAGCUGAAUCGUUUAAAAAAGAGUUAACUGAAAUAAAAAACAGUGGAUGUGUAUCAAAAACAAGUAAUAUACUUACCUUAUCCCCUUACUUAGAUGAGUAUGGAGUUAUACGAGUCGGUGGCCGCAUCGGUGCUGCUACUGGCAUUCUACCUGAAUCAAAAAACCCUAUUAUACUAGACGGAAGAAGCUACAUUGCUAGAUUGAUCGUGAAAUAUUAUCAUUAUUACUACGCACACGGAAAUCAAGAAACAAUAGUAAAUGAAGUCAAACAAAGAUACUGGAUCACAAGACUGAGACCUACCGUUAAACAUAUAACAUCUAAAUGCUCAUUUUGUAGAAUAAGAAAAUCUAAACCAGAAGUACAAAGAAUGGGUGACUUACCUAGCGCGCGAAUGGCUCAUCAGCAACGACCUUUUACUUAUUGCGGCGUGGAUUUAUUUGGUCCCAUGGAAGUCACGGUAGGAAGACGCCGGGAAAAAAGAUACGGCGUCCUGUUUACGUGCUUGACGGUACGAGCUAUUCAUCUGGAACUAGUCAAUAAUCUUACCGCGGACUCAUUCAUUAUGGCAUUACGAAGGAUGGCCGCAAAACGUGGAUGGCCACAAUAUAUGUACUCCGAUAAUGGAACAAACUUGCGAGGAGCGAAUACGGAACUGAAGAAAUCUAUAAAAAAUCUAGACGAAGAUGUGUUGAAAGAUAAGGCUUCCAAUCACGAAAUCAAAUGA